AUGUAUAUAUGUGUAAUACUAUUCGGAGAGACAGAGAUGAAAUCACUUCUGGAGACACUGUUUGAGGGCUACAAUCCAUUGGUUCGUCCAAGUAGAACUAUAGAUACGAAGCAACAGAUACUAUUUCUCCGUGGCUUUCUGAAAAUUAUAUGGCGAGACGAGCUACUGCAGUGGGAUCCAGCAAAGAAUGGAGGUAUUGAGAGAAUAGUGAUCCCUCAGAACAGGGUUUGGAAACCAGACCUCGUUAUUCACAAUACCGCCAACGGAAACGACAAACUUGGAAGCGACGCCAUUUUUGUUGCUGUCAGAUCUUAUGGGAGGGUAACCUGGUAUCCACCAUUAUAUCUGGAGAGUACGUGCAAGCUGGACAUGUCAAAGUAUCCCUUUGAUGUCAGCGUCUGUCCUGUGGAUAUUUGGUCCUGGAGUCAUGAUAACACCAGUGUUUUUUUUCAGAAAUGCGACAGCCCAAUAAAAUUGGAGACCAUGCUGGUGAACGGAGAGUAUGAGAUAUCUUCUGCAGGUUCAGUCAAGAUCACAGACAAAUACGAUAAGCUCUUCUAUGAUAAGAUCAUGUUCAACAUUAGGUUGGCCAGGCGUCCUGCGUAUGUGGCAAUAAGUUUGCUGAUACCAGUCAAUUUGCUGGCUAUCUUGAGUAUAAUGUCAUUCAUCAUGCCACCCGACGAACAAGAGAAGGUCAACAUUUCAGUCACAAUUUUGCUGUCCUUCACUGUGUUUUUGACUUUUAUUGACAACAGCAUACCCCCAAAUUCGGACAAUGUUUCUCUACUGGGUGAUAUUUUUAUAAUAUCCGAUUUUUUUUUUUUUUUGUUUUACAUUCCCUUGCUUUUGCGAUUUUGUUUUCCGUCUGUAGUUGGCAACUCAUUUUCGUUUUCCAAAAAAAUUGGAAUGGACACCAGAAAGACUGCACGGAGUUGUGUAGCAAUGUCCAGAACACAAGCGAGCCUUCCACGGCAAAGCUCAUUUGUGGUUGCUCAAGCCCUCAGUACUUCACUCGAGGAAACAACCAUGAUUCGAUUCAACCCGAAGGUGGUGAGAAACGAAAAUUUGUCUCAGAAAAUCGUGAAAGUACUUAUACAAGUGUCAGCAGUUUUGCAUUAA